GGUUAAGUGUCCCAGAUGUUCCAAGUCAGAGCGAGUUGUACCUGUGGGCGGGGCCGGUGCGCUGAUUGGCCGGAGCUUCCCCCCUGUGGGCGGGGCCGGAGUCCCAAGGCUGAGAGUCUGGAGGUUCCCGUCAGUUGUGAGAGCGGCGGAGAGAUGGGGGGGAGGCUCCGGGCUCUGUUGUCUCUCAGUCUCCUGAUCUGGAACAUCGGGGGGGGCCUCGGCGCCAGACACGGGAUUUACUGGAACUGCUCCAACCCCAGGUUCCUGAGGGACGACUACAGCGUCAAGGUGGAGAUUAACGAUUAUCUGGAUAUUUACUGCCCCCACUACGACCCCCGCGUCCCGGCCGAACACACCGAGACCUUCGUCCUGUUAAUGGUGAACAGAGAGGGGUACGAGGGGUGUUACGAGACCCCCGGGGCAUUUAAACGCUGGGAAUGUAACCGACCCCACGCGCCCUAUGGACCAAUCAAAUUCUCCGAGAAGAUCCAGAGAUUCACCCCCUUCUCUCUGGGGUUUGAAUUCCGACCGGGAGAGGAUUAUUAUUAUAUAUCUGUCCCAGAAGCAGAGAGUCCUGGCGAGUGCCUGAAGCUGCGGGUGUCUGUGUGCUGCCCACCCACCACUGUGAGACCAGUCACAGAGGUACCCAAAUCUCAGCCUCGAGGGGGGUCCCGUGUGGGAGAUGGAGGUCGGACGUCCGGCCAGGGAGGUGGGUGGAGCUUCUAGACAGAGACACACCCAUGAGGAGCGGCAGUUCUGGAUCUAUGGCAGACAGUUUGCACUGAGAGUCUCUCUCUUCCCCCAAACCAAAGACCCGUAAUGGACCAACUCUGCCCUGGGACCUUUUCAACUCUGGAUUUUACUUUUCAUUUUCUCAAAGUGCUUUUUUUUGUGCAUCGUGAACAAACCCCCCGGCUCCUCGGAGGCGGGAAAUCAUCUCAUUAUUGGAUGAAAUGUUUGGGGAAUAGGGUGAUUUUAGCAGAUCCAGGCCCUUGAGGAACACAUUCUGUCCUGUAUGAAGCAAGGGGGGUCUGUCUGGACUGGAUCACAGUUGGGGUGACACCCCUUUAUUUCACUUGGACCUUAUUGGGCCCUACGAACUGGUGCAAAGGUAAAACAUGCGGUGCCCCUUGUCCUGCCUGAACUGGACCUGCUCAUUCCCAAGUGGCUCCUCUGGAGAGUUCUGUUCCUCAGGACUGGAGCGACUAUUGGGGUGCUACAUACGCUAAGGGCCCAGCUUGGGGGGCUGUGUUGUGCAGAUUGGGGUGUUCUUGCUCAGGACAACAGGGAUCUCUCUUCUGUGAAGAUGAUGGAUUGGCAGUAUUCUCUUGUUUACACAUUUUUUGUAACACAUAUUAAGGAGUUUUUGUUAGAAACUGAGCCAAAAAUAAAAGGUUAAACCCG